AUGGAAGUCGGUGCCCCUGUGUGGGUAUUGGACCGCGAGAUUUGGCAUGAGGCAGUUGUUAACGCGCCUGCAGAUAAAUCAACAGGACUUGUAGACUGCAUUAUUGAACCUGAAUUAGAUGACGAACACCUUGCAAUUUCUGAAGGUGACGACGUUGUGUCUGACACGAAGAAGGGAUUGACACCACAACGGCGCGUUUCACGACAAAAUUCCAUGCGACGGUCGGUAUCAAUUCAAGCAGAGUUCGUACUACCUCGCAGUCAAGGAGAGCACUACCACGCGGUACAGGAUCUGACAAAGCUCGUGCAUCUCCACGAACCUGCAAUUCUACAUGUGCUCAAACGGCGAUUUUUUCAUGGAGAGAUUUAUACUAGUACAGGACAGAUUCUUGUGGCGAUGAAUCCAUUUCGACGGCUGUCCAUGUACUCGGAUGAUAUUAAAGAGCGUUACUAUGAACUUGGUGGGAAUACAGAAGCAAACAAAUGUAAUAUUCCUCCUCAUGUGUACUCAGUCGCCGAUCAAGCUUUUCGAACGAUGCUGAUACCACAAUCGAAUAAUAAAAAGACAGAUCAGACUAUCUUGGUGAGUGGCGAGAGUGGUGCUGGGAAGACAGAGACCACAAAGUUGAUCAUGAAUUAUUUGGCCUUUGUCUCCACCAAGCGCUCGCGGCGUCCAAUUUGCUCAAAUAAUGGCGAUCAGACAACAAUUCAUGACCGUGUUCUGGAAUCAAACCCAAUUUUAGAGGCGUUUGGCAAUGCGAGAACUACGCGAAAUAACAACUCGAGUCGCUUUGGUAAGUUCAUUAAGCUUGGAUUUACUUGUUCAGGCGAGAUGUUAGGCGCAUCUAUCUCCACAUAUUUGCUGGAGCGCGUUCGCUUAGUCUCUCAAGGAAAGGGCGAGCGCAACUAUCAUGUGUUUUACGAAAUGUGUAGUGGUAGCUCGGCUUCUGAACGUCAGGAAUUGGCAUUGCGAGAUGUGCAGGAAUAUGCGUACUUAAAUCAAUCUGAAUGUUAUGAGCGUCUCGAUGGUGUUGAUGAUGCCGAGUCGUAUCACGUAACACGACGAGCCAUGUCAAGUAUUGGGAUGAAACCGGAUGAACAGCUGAAUGUGAUGAAAAUCGUUUCGGCAGUGCUUCAUCUGGGUAACGUAUGUUUCACUACUGCUACACAUAAUGGUGGAAAGGAUGACGCCUCAGUGGUGAAUGUGGAAGAAUGUGGGGAUAAUAUCUCGGCCAUUUGUGCGCUUCUUGGUGUAGAAGAGGAGGUUUUGCGCAAUACUUUAUGUACUAAGAAAAUUAAGGCUGGGGCCGAGUUCAUCACGACUUGUUUACCAGUGGCACAAGCACUUUCCACGCGAGAUUCUGUGGUCAAGACGCUAUAUUCUAAUCUAUUUAACUGGCUCGUGGACCGUAUUAAUAGGAGUAUCGAGUACAAGGAAGAAGCGGGUGGUAGUCAGUUCAUCGGUGUUGUAGAUAUCUUUGGUUUUGAGAUUUUUGAUAAGAAUCGUCUGGAGCAACUGUGUAUCAAUUAUGCAAACGAGAAGCUACAGCAAUUGUUUGGCAGGUUUGUGUUUCGAAUGGAGCAGGACCAGUAUGUUGCCGAGGAAAUCCCGUGGCAAUUUGUUGACUAUCCCAACAAUGAUGUUUGUGUGGCACUUAUUGAAAAGCGACAUACUGGUGUGUUUUCGAUAUUGGACGAGCAGUGUCUGAUCCCGCGCGGAAAUGAUGAAAAGCUGGCGAACAAAUACUACGAGUGUCUUGACAAGCACGAGAGCUUUUCAGUGACUAAAUUGCAGCGAGCAAAGGGUCAGUUUGUGAUUCACCACUAUGCUGGGAACGUCUGCUACAUAACAGAUGGCUUUUGUGAAAAGAACAAAGACCACAUGCAUACAGAAGCAAUGGAUUUGCUGCGUACAUCAAAGUUUGAAUUUGUACGAGCAUGCUUCGAGAACAGUGUGAAUGGUGCGGACAGCUCAAGCCCAAAAAACGGUAAGGUGGAUGCACGCAGCAGCGAUGGAAGUCGUCGUCGAUCUGGUGGCAUCUUGUCAUCUACUGUCGUCGCCCAGUUUAAAAGCCAGCUCAGCUUGCUAUUAGAGGUGUUAAAUAGCACAGAACCUCACUUUAUUCGGUGCAUAAAACCAAAUGAUCAAGCCAGCGCAUCACAAUUUGAACAAAAGCGUUUGCUGGAACAACUUCGUUGCAGUGGUGUUUUGGAAGCUGUAAAAAUUUCUCGUAGCGGCUACCCUGUGCGUUUUCCUCAUGAAGUAUUUAUCAAAACGUACAGCUGUAUUCUAUCCCAGGUACCGACUUCACAGGGACAUUUGGCGAAGGAAGUGGCGCUGGAAAUGGUAAAUAAGCUUACGACAAUGCUCAAUGUAGUAACAAAUGCGAAACACCCUCCUUUCCAAGUGGGAAAGACGAAGGUCUUUUGUCUUCUCGAGGCGCAUCAAGCCCUAGGAGCUGCUCGAUCAAAAGCUCUGUAUAAGUCCGUGAUAACAUUACAGCGGUAUUGUCUUGGGUACUCAAAGCGGUCUCGAUAUCAGCGAAAGCGUCGAUCCAGUAUCCGGAUUCAGACGACUUGGCGGUCAUGGUCGUGCUGGCACUGGUACCAAGGUUUUAUUCGUCGAAAACGAGCUGCAGUGAAGCUGCAAUGCACAAUACGUGGAUUUUUAGCUCGGCGGCAACUUAAGCGAAUCCACGCAGUUACUAUUAUCCAAUCGUUUGUUCGUGGGUGGCUUGUUCGGCGUGAAUAUUCCGCCAAUACAUUGAGUUUUGAGCAUGACGUGUCGUACGUGGGCACAUUGGACGAUCGCAGCACCUCACCGAGUUCAGUCUCUCUCUCUGAGUCCAUUUCAAAGGAUCGAAAGAAUACGACCAUUUCGUUCCAGAGCUCAGUGUGCACUAGUGAGUACUCUGACACGGCCAGCAUCCAAAGCGAAUCUCGAACAUCCUCACGGAAAAAGCAGCUUGAAGAGUAUGAGCCUCCUAUGCGGAUCCAAAAUGAGUACGAAAUUGUCUGGGAGUGUGGUCUUUUAGGCUUGUACUUUGAAAGCGAUCCUGUCUCCGGGAUGCCAAUUGUGCGUCGUGUUCACGAAAGUUUAAGCAACUGUGCUGAUAUUUUUGAGGUUUCGCGAGGUGACGUGCUUCUUGCUGUCGGAAAAGUGAAGGUGAAAAAAGGCGACAUUCGUCGUAUUUUGACGCUUUUGCAAGAAGUCCAGAAGCCAGUGCGUCUGCAUUUCUUUCGUAAUCCGACCGAAUCGUUUCGUCUUCGAUCUGGAUCGAUUGAACUCUUGGGAGAAGAAGAUUACGAAGUUUUAUGGAAGGAAGGUGUGCCACUUGGUCUAGGCUUCCGGCCCGACCCAAACACUGGAUAUCCAUGUGUGCUGCAAUCCCAAGGCAAUCAGCAGCUGCCUGGCAUGUUUAAUGUGCGUGCAGGUGAUCAUUUGGUCUUUAUAAACGAAUUUUCGACCCAAGGCGUGCGUUUUCAAAAGGUGAUUGACAUUUUAGAGAGCGGACCUCGACCUGCUGUGCUGCGCUUCCGUCAUACGGAUGUUGUGGAAGACCUGAAUCAGCAGCUUGACCAGACAAUUUCGCUAAAUACUUCCGUAAUGUCGAACCCGCAGGAUGAUUCAAAUUCGUUGGGAAUGUCACGCCUGAUGCGUCCGACACGUGUGAGUAUGAAUCCAAAGCAUGAUCAUUCGCUGUACUACAUAACUUGGAAAGAAGAGGACGGCCCGCUCGGGAUAGUCGUCAAGCAGGAAAGCACUAGUUUUCAUCCUCGUGUAAUUAAUGUCAAAAGCGAGGGAGCCGUAACGCGCGAAUCACAAAAGAAUCGUGUGGAGAUUGGUGACGUUUUGCUGAGUAUCAACAAUAACAACAUCAGCAAGAUGGGUUUUGGGGCAGCAAUGAAGCUGCUUCAAACAGGACCUAAGCCGCUUCUUCUAAUGUUUCAGCGUCCAAGAACGUCUUUGGAUCUAUCGGCAAGGACCUGCAACUUGUAG